CCUCUCUUCGUCAUUUCUUUCAUCCUUUGCACCUCCUAGUCGAAUCAUAUCCUUCCCCCAUACAUUCCGUAUUCCCUGCUUCCAUCCAACAACCAUGGGGACAAGGUUCAGGAUCGUAUGCAACCUCUGCCAGGCCAUCAUCCCACCAGUCGAGCAAGACCUCAACAAUGACGACGGGCCAAUUCCCAGGCUGGAAUGGAAUCAAGAGGCUAGGGCAGUGAGAACAGUCAGAGACACUUCCUCUCCCUUCCUCACUGGUGUUGGCUAUUUGACUCGGUGGGGAGUGCUCCAGGCUAGUCACAAUCCCGAUGUUCCGUACGGAACAGACACAGGCCUCCUCAAUCUGGGGGCCCGGAAUGAUGCCAUCUUGGGCCAGUCUGGCAACGGUCAGGCUAACCACCCCAAGUACCUCACCUUCGUCUUCCACGAUGCCUGCUGGCAGCUGUUCUUGGCUGGCAUUCUGCCUGGUCUUCCAGACUCUGUCACAGCCUGCCGCACACCUCAAGAGCAGGUUGGACUUGUCGCCGAGGCUCUGUUCAGAUAUCUCUCGUGUAUGCCACUCACCAAACUCAACCAGGUGGUAGUUCCGCAUGAUCUUCCCCCUUACCGCGCCGCCGAUCUCGUUCUGCCCCGGGACUACGCUCCCACUGACCGGGCCAUCAUGAUGGCAGAUCCCUCUGACCUACCAACACUGGAUGGCUCACCACAAGUGGUUGACCAUCAGCAUAACGACCACCUUUACACCAUCAACCCCAACUUUCACUCCGCAUCUUCAACAGAUACUCCCUUUUCCACGCUCCCUGAAGAGUUGAUUCACCAGAUUCUGAAUCUUCUCCCUUCCCCCGACGUCUGCAACCUUCGCCUAGCAUCUAGGUCUGUUGCGAGCGUCUCGAGCCCUUUGCAGCUUCCCAGGUCCUUCUGGGCCAGUCGCUUCGAGUGUGGGAACGAGAUGGGCUUCUUCUACCCUGGUCGUCCCUUCCCCGACACCAAACCACCUACAGACUAUCGCCAACUCCAUUCCACACUCAGGCUCGAGUUGAGCAAGGUGACUGAAGUCAUGAACCUGAGAAACAGACGGAGGAUUUGGCGCAUGUUGCGAGAGAUGUCCUGUUGCAUUACUCUGGCAAUUGAGCACAUAUGGUCGUCAACGAACGGUGACAGUGAUACAGGUACUCCUUUCGUACAAAUUCCCGAGGGCCACGUAGCCGGGAGAUUGGUCUGUCCCCUGCCUCUCCGCGGUGGUCCUGUUACCAAGGCAUUGGAACGUAGCGCUGGCACAACGAUAUUUGCUGGGCAAGCUGCCAUAUUCCCAGACCCUUCAUUACAGGCGCCCAUGUGCGUCGGUGUAUCGUUUCUGAGAGUUGACCAACGUCCCUAUGUCUGUGGCAUCAGGGUUCUGUCUGCCAGGUCUGAUCAGGCUUGUAGAGUGGGCGUCAUUAUCCAAGAAAGUGAAACUAUCGUCGCCUUGAAAGCUGAUGAUGAGUUGUCUGGCUUCCGUGUGGCAUGUCUUGCCAAUGGUGUGGUUGGCUUGGGUCUUCUAGUUCGGCCUGUUUCUAACCCUGAGUGUGUCCCCAUGCUUCACCCUUUCACAGUGGGUAAUUUGGAUACAAGCACAAGUGGCUUGGGUCUUGCAGACGUUACCCCUACUGGUGGAGGCCUUCCAACGGGCAUCAUUGCUGGGCUUGAUGCUGCCUGCAGAAUUGUCUCUCUUCAGUCGCUUGAGUGCCAGUCAUCGGUUUGUAAGGAGGAAGAGGAUAUCUCCACUGGUCCCUUCGCGAAGAAGGCCACGCAACCACGUUCCCAGGCUGUGCUGUGGAGUCCGUCUAUCCCUCAAAACGAACAAGAUAUCCUCACUCCCAAGACAAAGCCAGGUAUCCACGGCUCAGUUGCUGUGCGAGAAGAUCAAGGCUCAGACUUUGUCCUUAACAUCCCCUUUGGCGGGGAAAGAGGGGAGAGACUGAAGACACUCAACAGAAUAGUUGCUUACACAGAUCCUUACUCGGCGUAUGGGGCGUUCAAAGGCUUCGGCUUCCAUUACGAUGAUGAGCCGGCUGGGGUAUUCUACGGAACAAGAAAGGAGUACGAUUCCUUUCCAAUUGCGUUCCGUCAGUGCCUUCAGUCAUCGUUUACCAUCAACGGUAAAGGGGGCGAAGUAAUCGACCACAUAGAGCUAUUUGGCUUGGUGUCGCAAUGGUAUAAGCUAGACGCUAUAAAGUAGAUUACCACGAAUUUUGGAAGAUGUGUCCACUUCAAGCAUGAAGCGGAGGGGUUCCUAAAUACGUUUACAACGUCUACAGCCAGCCCUGAAUUGAGCAUGCU